AUGCUGUUUCUUCUUCUUCUUCUUCUUCUUCUUCUUCUUCUUCUUCUUCUUCUCCUUCUUCUUCUUCUUCUUCUUCUUCUUCUGUUGUCUAUUUUUCCUUUAUACACAAUAUUAGAUUUUGAAUAUUUUCAUUAUCUAUUUCUACUAUUGUAUUUUCUUUCUUUCUUUUUUGUUUGUUUGUUUCUUUCUUUCUUAUUAUAUUCGCCAUUACAGUUUCCCUUCUUUCUUUCUUUCUUUCUUAUUAUAUUCGCCAUCACAGUUUCUCUUUCUUUCUUUCUUUCUUUCUUUCUUUCUUUCUUUCUUUCUUUCUUAUUAUAUUCGCCAUCACAGUUUCCCUUUCUUUCUUUCUUUCUUUCUUUCUUUCUUUCUUUCUUUCUUUCUUAUUAUAUUCGCCAUCACAGUUUCUCUUUCUUUCUUUCUUUCUUUCUUUCUUUCUUUCUUUCUUUCUUUCUUUCUUUCUUUCUUAUUAUAUUCGCCAUCACAGUUUCUCUUUCUUUCUUUCUUUCUUUCUUUCUUUCUUUCUUUCUUUCUUUCUUUCUUUCUUUCUUUCUUUCUUCCGCUGUUUUCUCUUUCAUCCGGUUCUCUCCUUCAUUAUUUAUCUUUCCUUGUUUUUUUUUUCUGUCACCUAAACACUCUCCUUCUUCCUCUCUUUUGGUCUUAAUCCUCUCAACUUUUUCCUCCUCCUCCUCCUCCUCCUCCUCCUCCUCCUCCUCCUCCUCCCCUUUAAUGCCGCAUGAUUGCUUUACUUUCUUUUUUUAUAUUUCUUUCUCAUUUAUCCCUUUCCCUUCCUACUCUUCUUUCUUCAUUUCCUUCCUUCUAUCACUUUUUCCCCUCUCCUCCCUUCCUCUCUUAUUUCCUUUACCUCUCUAUUUCUAUUCCCCAGAUUUCUUUUUCUUUUAUUCCUUCUCCUUAAUCUCCUGCUCCUCUCGUCUUUCUUCUUUGCCCCUUUUUUAUCCUUCGUCUUCACCCUCUUUUCUUGCCUCCUCACUUUCUCCUCUCUUUAUUCUUAUUUUUUUAAAAUCUUUUCUUUCCUUUGUAUCGUUUUCCACCUUUUUUUUUAUCCCUAUUUUUCUUUUUCUUUCUUUUCCCACACACUUUCUUCCAAAACCUCAAUCCUUUUCUCUCAUCAUCGUCAUCAUCUUUCUUGUUUAA